AUGAUCAGCAAGAUUCGGCAAGCGACAGGCGCUCCAUCGGUUUCAUGCGGGGUGCUCCACCACGGUGAGAUAUUUUUCACCCAUGCCGAAGGGCUAGCCAAUAUUGAGGAGAACAUCAUCCCCAAUGACCAGACCAUCUACCCGAUCGCUUCCAAUACCAAGGCAUUUAUUACAGCCGUAUGUGGGAUCCUCGUUGAUGAGGGGGUCCUGUCAUGGACGGACCCAGUCUCCGAGUAUCUCCCGGAUUUCGAGACUGUAUAUGACCCCGAAGUUGGAAGACGCGCGACACUACUUGACCUCUGCUCCCAUGGAACGGGACUAGCCCCACUAGAUUGUGCGGGGGUUGGUUUCUUCGACGAGUUCUUGAACCCCGGGUGGACGGGGGUGAAAAAGGCAUCAAAUCUGCCGACGGCGUAUGACCUGCGCACGCAUUGGCUCUACAACAACUUUCUACUGGAUGUGGUUGGGACCGUCAUUUCCUCAAAAUGUCAAAAACGAUCUGGGGUGGUGAUGCGCGAGAGGAUAUUUCAGCCCCUAGGUAUGAAGCGAACAUUUACUCGUAGCGAAGAGUACAAAGAGGACAAGAACUACGCACGAGGCUAUUCGAUUUUGGACAACGGAUCAGCCUUACUCAACGAUUCACUCGGUUUGGAGGAUGGAGAGAUUCAGGGGGCCUCUGGGUAUGUACGUAGUACAGUGCGAGACAUGCUUGCCUGGGCAAAUGCUGUGAUGGAAGCAGAGGAGAAAGGAGGAAUUAGUGGUGAGGAACCGCCCACGGAUCUUCAGAACGGCACAAACCCGCUUCGACAGAUGAGGAUGAUAAGAUGUGCUCACCGGCCUAUCGUCCUUGGAGAGGAAGGGUGCGAGAAUUCCUACGGCCUCGGCUGGUUUCGUCAUAUGCUCCCAUCACGGUACCUUUCUUCGAUCGGUCCCAACUUCUCUUUGCUUCCGGACCCGCCAGUAAUGAACCGAGAUGGACCACUACGUCUCGCAAUUGCGCACUGGGGAGAGUUUGGAGGGUGUUUGAGUGCGUUUUACACGUUCCCAGCCACAAGAAGUGCCAUUAUAGUCAUGUCGAACUGCAACGGCGCCAAAGGCGAUCCAACCGACUUGAUCGCACAAAGUCUGUGUCAGGAGCUGUUCGCGAUGCAGCCACAUAUAGACUUUGAAGAAUACGCGCUGCAGGCCGCAAGUAAUUCUACAAUAGCCUGGGAAGGCCUUGUGGAAGAUUGGGUGAGACAAAGAGUGCAAAAUACACGGCGCCCUCCACUCGACGAAUACAUGGGCACGUAUGCCAAUCCAGCGCUUGAUAUCACCAUUAAGGUCUCUAGAGUCCCCGAAAACGAAAUCAAGACCGAAACUAACCCGGAGCUUCUCAUUUUCAAUAUCAACGGUCUUCCCCGUCAAACCGCCAGGCUCAGGCAUUACCAUGACGACACUUGGACAUUCAUGCCUAAUUCUAAGAACGACGCAACCAAAAAGGGGAUGGCAGGCUUCUUGAAGCUGCCGCGUCUUUUACUGGUGUUUGUUCAGAAUGAAAUCGGUGUUGUUUCGCAUCUGGAAUGGGACUUACAGGGCGGAUCUUGUGAAGGCCCAGCACCUAAUUUGGGGGUAAAUGUGGCUCCUGUGAGAUUCCUGAAAGCCACGGAAGAGCAAGGCUCGAUUACUUCUCAUUGCACUGCGAUGUAG